ACACACACAUACAGAGUCGUCUUUUCCUGCAAGUGGUGGUGUAUAGUAGACUCCUGCACGCACGUAGCCUAGCCUACACACUCUUGUGUAGGCUGGUGUCUUGCUCUGGCUGUUAUGCAAGGUUAAUGUUGUUUUUUUUUCCUCCUGUAAAAAGAGAGACGUAGUGCGAGUUUUCCAUUGAGAAGGAGACCCCGGACCAUCCAUCCCAAACCAGCUGCUGAACAAUGGCACCGUCCCUCAUCCGAGCUUGCCGCAGUCUGGCUCUCUCGACGUGGCUGCUGUCGUUUUGUUUUGUGCACUUGCUGUGCCUGGACUUCACGGUCGCAGAGAAAGAGGAAUGGUACACCGCUUUUGUCAACAUCACCUAUCUGGACCCCAUUACUUCGGAGGUCAAGACAGAGAAAACAGAAUGCGGUCGGUACGGCGAGCAGUCGCCCAAGAAAGAAGCCAGGGGUCUGGUCCUGGUGCCGUCCGUCCUGCAGGACAGACAGGCGUGCGACCCAAAUGUCAGGUUCCCCCCUGUCUCUUACAACACCGCCUGGGUGGCGCUGGUGGCUGCGGGGAACUGUACAUACCGAGAGAAGAUCCGUAACGUUGCAAACUAUAACGCCUCUGCAGUUGUCAUAUACAAUGUGUUCUCCAGCAGUGCCAACGACACCAUAACAAUGCCCCAUCCAGGUACAGGCGAAAUUGUGGCCAUCAUGAUCCCAGAGCCUAAAGGUCGUGAGAUUUUGGCCUUGCUGGAGCAGAACAUCCCGGUCACGUUGUACAUCACCAUAGGAACGCGCAACCUGCAGAAGUACGUGAGCAGAACGUCGGUAGUGUUUGUCUCCAUCUCCUUCAUCGUCCUCAUGAUAAUCUCCCUGGCCUGGCUUGUCUUCUACUACAUCCAGAGGUUCCGUUACGCUAAUGCACGAGACCGCAACCAGAGGCGUUUGGGAGAUGCUGCCAAAAAGGCCAUCAGUAAGCUACAAUUACGCACCAUUAGGAAAGGAGACAAGGAGACUGAGUCAGACUUUGACAACUGUGCGGUUUGCAUCGAAGGUUAUAAGCCUAAUGAUGUUGUUAGGAUACUACCAUGCAGGCAUGUCUUCCAUAAGCACUGCGUAGACCCGUGGUUACAGGACCACCGGACGUGUCCCAUGUGUAAAAUGAACAUCCUUAAAGCCUUGGGAAUCCCACUCAACGCAGACUGUUCAGAUGACGUUCCUCCAGACUAUGAGACAUCUGUCGGGGGUGCACCCACCAACCCCAUCAGUGGAGCGAGUGAAAUUACCUUUAACGAGAGCUCGGUGGUUCUGGAUCCAGCUGGAAGAUCAAUAGACCUACAGCAGCUGCAUCCUGAGGAAGAGCCAGAACUUCAGGCAGGGGAGAGACACAUUAUCGCCAGAAGUGAGCACCAGCCUCCGCUUAGCAGUGGUUCAGAGACUUCUAUCAUCAUGGGCAUGGAGGUAGGCAUGUCUGAAGUAGACCUGUCCACGGAGCAGGAAUGUAAUUGGGCCAAAUCCUGAUUCAAUCUAAUCUGACAAAAACAUAAUUCACCAAGAAAAAGGAAGACAAAAGCAGCCCCUUCACCCCCCCAGAGAUUCCUUGCGUCUUUGGCCCCCUGAAAGAAGUGAUUUUUUCAGAAGAUGGGCAAAUGGGCAAAACAACAUAGCAGCACAAAAACACACAAUUCUGUCUUUACUGACCAAAAAACAGAUUUGUCCCUUUAUCUGUGGAUGUGUUAAUUGCUCGUUUUGUAGCAGUCACACCUUGACUGUCAUGACGAUCAGACAGCAUUGUGGUGACCCAGUUUUUGUCAGACGUAAUCUUUUCACAUCCCCAAACCUAGCAUCUGACAUAAACACACACAAUAACUGCUGAGUUGUUGGAGUUAGUUUCUCCUCACUGGCAACCUUGAGUAAAUCUGCUGCUGGACACGCUAUGAGCACAGGAGCAACCGAAGCCAGAUUGCUGCUUUAAUUAUUAUUAAAAAUAUGAGCAAAUUGAUUGAUUUCUUGGUAGGAGAUCGCUGCCAACAUAUUCCAGAAGUAGGUUUUCCUGAUGUAAUGGCUACAUAGCACAUAGCCUAUAUCAGCAAUUUCUUUUGAGUCCCAUUACAGUUGGUGUGAAUUCCCAUCAGCAUUUUUUCAACUUCAGACUUUGGUACAUGAUUAUCCCAUGAAAACCUGAAUCGUUGGUCUUUAACUCCAUGGUCAUGUUUGAGGAGUCAGAAUAUUUAUGCAUAUGUUAUUCUGUAAUUUCUGAUUUUUUUUUUUAAUGUUACAGUUCUUUUUUUGUGAGACCUUCAUGUAAAACUUCUAUCUUAACAACUAAAUAUUCCUGUUGUCAGAGAAUAUACCAAACACAAGGUAGAUAUUUCUGUCCUCACAUUUGACAAUCAUAGCUUGCCACAGGCAGAAGUGAUGUCACCCACUGCCCUACUGAAACUGCUGCUGAUUUACAAGUUGUUACAAUACAUGGCGCUGAUGAUGAUCACUCCCUGCCGACGAGGGUUCAUAUCUAUGUUCACACUGCUGCUAAAUAUAGCUGGCAAUAGCAGUUGUCACCACCAAAUUCCGGCAGUAUGCACAUUCUGUAGACAAACCUCCUACAGUUGUCAAGCUUGUUUAAAUUAUGUCAACAAGUCUUUGUGCCAAGAUUAACUGUAGAAUUUUAAAUAUUGUUUUUUUUAAUGCACCUGGCUGUUAAACGGACUGGAAUGGCAGCGAAUCUGCGCAUGAUAUGAAGCCGAAUAAAUAACAUGAGGGUGCAGAAAUAUAUAGUUUAUGAAGUUAAAAGAGGGGCUGUUGAGGAAGCUAUGCGUUGUCCGACAGAUAAGAUGCAUUCAGAGGAAUGGUCAGAUAUUUUGUUAAAGGAAUUUGAUGCUACAAGCAUGGGAUUAUUUAUGGCAUGAAAAGCUUACAGCAUGAAAAUGUUUACAGUUGUGAUUGGACUACGUCCACACUAAACCUGCUUUGGAAAAUUACAUGCAUGCAGCCCUCGCAAAGAUCUCCACACAAAUACCCCUGAGGAAUAGGAAAACGGCUACAUUUCCUGUUCUCCGUCCACGGUCAGCAAACAGAACUGCAUCGCAGUAAACAUGGGCUGAUUACCCAUAGUGUGAGAUUUAUUACAUAAAUCCAGGUUAUUUCUGGCUAUAUUGAUUUUCAAAAUGGGUUAAUGGUACAGUAGCAACAAACCUACAGACAAUAAUCACCUGAAUCUACAGGAAAAACACCAGCUUUGUGCGGAUGGAGGGUCAAAACAAAGAAAUAUAGAUGCUUCUUCAAAUGGAGCCGGUUUAGUGUGGAUGUACUCUCAGGCUCCCUUGGUGAUGCUGACUGUUAAUGACAUGUUCAUUAUCUUUUACACUUUACGGUAGAAUUCCUUCUUCUACUUUUCCUUUAAUUGUUCUGUUGUUGUACUGCCAAUUACCUCCUUUUAUUACUUAUUUAGUGAUGUCAAACAUGAUCAGUAGGAUCGUAUACUCAACUAGAUCUGUUUCCGCUCACAUUUCUUACAAUUCUUUAUUUAAUUUUUGGGGGAGGGGGGGAUUUUUCCCCUCCAUUUUAGAGUGACCGUAGAUAAACAGGAAAUGUGGGAGAGAGACGCGGGAUGACACGCAGCAAAGGGCCGCGGGUCAGAUUCAAUCCCAGCCGCUGCAAAGGCGUCCGCCUACGUGGGGUGCACGCUCUUACUGGGUGAGCUAGAGGCCGCCCCUUCCUCUCACAUUUCUGUAGACUUGCACACUGAAGAAGCACAGACUCCACUGAGCCAAUGGUGCCAGCGGAAUUUAACUAGUUCAUCCAGUCACUGUUUCCAUUAUGUCCGGCAGCCACCUGGGACACUGUUAUAUAACAGGCACAUGUCCACACACUCCACUGUUUGGGUAAAUCAUUGAAGGAUUAUUGAAUGUAUGGGCUAAUGUUUAAGUCUUUCACGAAAGCCUUGGCUUUAGAAAGGGCACGUUGUAAUUCUUUGUUUCUUUUAUUGUUUUGUGAGACUGUACUUGCUUGGCUAUAACAGCUUGUUACCCAUAGACACUACUUUUUAGAUAAUGCUUAAGUAAGAAGUUAGAAUAAUUUGUUCCUGACAGCAGUGUUUUACUGUGAAAUACUGCAGCGUUCAUGAAUGUACAUUUUUAUACACUAUUAGAUAACGUGGUCGGUUUGAUUAAAAAGCCUGGUUUUUGGCUAUACCUCUUUUGCUUUGUGGAUAGGAAGACGGAGGAUGAUUGUGAUUCUUGCCAGCACAUUAUAGAUACAGAUGUUUAAGUCUCAGCCAGCCUGAUCUGGACCCUCUGUAAGUCCCAUUAGCUCACAUGGAUAAUGAGACAGCACAAUUCAUAAGAUAACCCAGAACCACCCAACAACAUCAAUAUCUGUUGCUCUCCUUGUCUUUCUUUCCAGGCUUUGAAUUUACAGGUCUUUCUUCUGUCAUCUAGUCUCCUUCUCACAUUGACACACAGACAUAACAAACACUCUGUCUCCAUCUGACUGUUAAACAAGAUGAAGCAAAGCACAUCCGUUUUUUAAUGCCAGAUCUCUUGAUUCUGGCUGUACUGCCUAAAACAGAGCAAGUUGUCUGAAGUUAAACCUUCUGUUUCCAGAUAAACUUAAAGAUAAUGUAACUAAGCUAAAAGUUGUUAUCUCUCAGUUUUGUUGUUUCCACUGAUUCAAUAACAGAGCUCUUAUAUUAAUAUAUAGAAUUGUGAGGAAUUUUAAGACACAAAAGACCUUGGUGUACUCAAUGUGAUGGCAUUCAAUGUACUUAUGAAGUUACACGAGAUUGUUGUCCCUAAUUGUACCUACAACAUUUAUUUUUUAUUUUAUACGUCUGUAAUUUCUAAAUAAUUUCCAAGAAUUUUCCUGGAAAGAACUUUAAGAUUUGGUGCUAAUUUAAGCACAUUUAAACAAAACAUUCACACAAAUAUUCAUAUUUUAUUGGAAACCUUAUUCUCCGUAUUUGUCUAUUUAUUAUGUCCAUUUAUUGUUUCUUAAUUUGAUUUAAUUAUUAGUUGAAUUGCAUGCUUGCCUGUUGACUAAGGGUGUACCAAUUUCAAUUCCAAAUCUAAAAUCGUUUAAAAGGAACUUUCAAUUUCUAUUAUUGAAGUCAAAAGCAGGAUUGGUGAUGAGAAUUAAUCAUUUAAAUUUGACCACCGCCAGUGGGGCACAUUCCAAAACGGUAUGACACUUAUACCUUUUAAUUGGAAUUAAUUAAUUGAAAUGAACGUACCAAAUGAACACUGCCUCUAUUUUACAUAUACUGUGUUGUUCUUUCAAGGAAAGUAUUCAAAAAUGAUUCAGAAAUUAUAGUGUAAACUUUGUGUAAACUUUCCUAUAUUGCACUUUAACCCUCCAGUGAACGAGGAGCGGCUAUACUGAACGGUUUGGAAAAAGCUUUUUUUAUGUACAGCUUUUGACAAAGAGGGCUACAGUAUUGAACAUGGCACUUGACUCAGUUGUUGCUUCUUGAUUGAUAUUGUGACAUUUCAUAUGUAACCAUUGCGUGUAUGUGGGUGGGGGGAUUAUCAAUAUAUUGUGCACUAUACCCAGCAGAAAUGACAGCAUUGCUAUUUUGUAAUAUAAAAGAAUUGUAAGUUUGA